GGUUGUGGCUCCACAAGGUGUACGAGGAUAGUGUAGGUAGUGUAGGCAACGAGGAAAGAGACCAAGUCAGCACAAUGAGCUUCACUCUUAUUAGUGUUUUUGCUAUUCUGCGUCUUCUGUCACGAUGCACUUGUACCUGCACUGGCAAAGAGCCUCCGACGGCAUUCUACCCAGUAUUGCUGGCAGGCAGAUCCGCCAAUGGAGCCAAAUCGAUCUAUAUCGACGACCAGCUAACCCUAAACCUGGAAAAGACAUCUGUAUUGUCCGAUCCACUUACGGUCACAAUAUACGAAGGAAAAGUGCCAAGGGACUCAGUCGUUUAUGUACGAGAUAUCGAAGACAACCUCUAUCACGACCCUGAUAAACUGUCGGCUGUUAUAAUGAGAGACCAGGACACUGGGAUUGAAAUGGAAGGAAUAAUAAACAAAACUCAUCGGAUUCAACCCUCGAUUACGAGUGCCCGAUCUGCUGAUGGACAACUCGCCCACGAAAUAUAUUGUACUGAAGAAGGAGGGGGCGACUACGACGUAGCAGCCAAACUUCCAGAAUCGGGAAGACCGCCAAUAAUAGCUCGUGAGGACAGCCAGUUUCAGUUUCCAUCUGCAAUCUACCCGAGCAUUCACGUUGUGUCCGACUACCACCACUCGGGGAAUGUGACGCUAGAGCAGCUCGUUCGCUACAUUGCUAUCUUCUUUGCAGGCGUAAACCUGAGAUUGAAGGACCUGUAUGACCCGGCGGUUCGUUUCAACGUCAGAUGGAUAACGAAACUGCAGGAACGGAAUUCGGACCUUAUGUCACAAACCGUUAGAGACGGUCAAACCUACAUGCAUGAUCAAGAGACGUUGAUGAGAUUCCGGGACUACUACAUAAGAACUGGAAGAACAGAAGACGUUGCAAUCUUAAUCACAGGAUUGGAAAUGGCCUCUUUUCCAAUCAACGGCGAAUGGAGCACGACCGUAGCCGGACUUGCUUAUUUGGGAGGACUUUGCCUGCCGGGACACAAUGUCGCCCUCUCAGAAGACACGGUACUCAGCUACGUCAGCAUUCACAAGGUUGCACACGAACUGGGCCACUUACUGGGAGCACCACAUGACGGAGAUAUGACUGCCAACACCUGUACGUUCUCCGAUGGCUACAUUAUGGGCAAAAACAAGCAAGGCGUCAACCAUUACACCUUUUCUGUGUGCAGUCAAGACACUAUAAGGGCACACCUCAAAUCUGCAAAUAGAAGUUGUGUGGCAGCGAUGGCCACCCCUGCAUACAACGCCCCGAUAGGACUUCCCGGUAAAAAUAUCAAUUUGGACAAGUACUGCAACAUGAUCAAUAAGAACAUGACAUUCGCCCACUUGGGUCUGCAGGCCAGUAGGGAGGAAGUUCGACGGUUACAGGGGAAAGAGGCUGUGGUGUCUGAGUGA